AUGCUAAGUAACUCAGAUAGCCAUAUCACCAAAAAGACUCGAAACAGCUCUAGACCUGAUUUAAUCAGCAACUUGCCGACUGAGAUUAUCAAUAUUAUUCUAACUUGUCUGCCGAUUAAUGAAGCAGUGAAGACUAGUAUUUUGUCCAAGAAAUGGAGGUUCAAUUGGAGAUACCUUUCAAAAUUGGUAUUUGACGAAACAUUUUAUCAGACAUCGGCAUUAACUUCUAAUGCAAAACCAAAUACUACUAAACUCUUUUCGAAUAUCAAUAAAGUUCUACUUCUUCACAAAGAACCCAUCAAUAUUACUUUAAAGUUUCCAUUGUUUCAAAUGUAUCCUGAAAUUGACCAGCUGAUGCUUUUUCUUAGCGAAAAAGACGUUCAUGAAAUUUCCUUUUAUAUUGGAAGAAGUUUCCUGAGCGAGAAAGACCGUAGAGUGCCCCCAUUUUUGUUCUCAUGUGUGAUAUUGAGGAGCUUGACAUUGUCUUCAUGUUCUUUCACAGUUCCAUUGGCAUUUCAAGGAUUUGUUAACUUGAUUUCUCUUAAGUUUCAGUGGGUCCGUUUUAAAAACAAUGCAUUCGAAAUUUUAAUCUCCAAAUGUCCAUUACUUGAAACACUUUCUAUACGAAGUUGUCCCAAUAGUAGUUACCUGGAUAUUGACCUUCCUUACCUUAAGUUCUUUUACUUCUCUGGAUCUUUUGAGUCUAUUUGUUUUAGAAAAACUAGUCAGCAUCUUUCAACAAUUUUCUAUUCUCUAACUUUGUAUUAUUGCGUUUUCUUCGACAAGUACUUCGGAACAAUACCGAGGAAACUUUCGGCAACUCUCGCCUGUCUUACAGUUUUGGUACUGCCUGAAAUUUGUUUUCGGCGUACGACUGAGGUCUCUGCUGUUGUUUGCUUGAUUUUGAGUUCACCUAACUUACAGAAGCUUGAGAUUGGGUCUGUUGCAUAUAAUAAGGAUGAAAAAGAGGUUUUUGCUCAGGAGAUUUAUAAAGUAGAAGACCUAUUGGAUAAUGCACUGAAAAAACUUCGACUGGUGAGGAUGAAGCUCUCAAAGAAAAAAGAUAUAAGACCUGAACUGGAAUUUAUAAAAUUUCUAUUGGCUGGAUCAAUUGUACUUGAAAAGAUGGUUAUACAGCCUGCCCUAGGAACUGUUGCUGAGAAAGGACGACAGAAGAUUUUGAAAAAGAUAAUUAGAUUUCACCGUUCAUCAGAAAAUGUAGAGAUUUUAUACUUAAAUUGUGGCAGUGGCGGUGCAUGUUGAUUUUGAUAGUUUGAAACAUCGGAAUAAGUUGUCUGAAUUAGGCGUUUCAAGAGCUGUACGACUGUGUUGUUUCUGUAAGCUGAAAGGCGAUCAGAUUUCUCGCGAAUCAACUUGAAGAAGUAGAAUUAAGAUUUGUAAAUAGGCACACUGCAUACACAGUCUGAGUUUAUAUGUAACGUGCUUAUGAAACUAAAU